CUCCAACCGUGUUCUCCGAGCAGCGGUUCGUGGUCAUCUCUCAUCCCCAAGCUUCUAUUUAUCUGUGUCUUUCGUCGCCAUUGGAACCCAAUCUACUGCUUUUCUCUAUCACCAUCUUGAGCAUCUCCUCCCUUUGUGAAAACACCCCCACCCAAAGCAUUCCUCCAAUCCCCCCCAGGCUAGGCCAUUCAACAUCCAGCCCUAGGCAGAUGACUAUGUCUGCCGUCGCAGCAUCCACCGGCUCUCCCAACGAGCGCCGUGCUUCGGCUUCCAGGAGUUUCUCGCAGUCUCAGGAUGAGAACACGAAGCUUCCCGAUGAGAUGAUGUCUCCAGACUUGCAACAGGAAGUCGAGUCGUCGUCACAAAAACAGUCCAUCAUCGCCCUCAAGACGUCCAAGUUGGCGAACCAGAACUACACAAAGGUCAAGAUGAACGAGGCCAUGGCCGCCGUUGACGCCUACUCCAUGGACAAGUUGUACGCCACCAUCUCCGAGCAACAAGCCAUGUUACCGCAGCAACGCAGCGUCGAGUCUUUCAAGCCGUCGGACGAAGAAGUCAGAUUCCCUCGUGCCCUGGACCACCAGUCGUCAUGCAGCUCUCUUCCCAUUACGCCUGCUACGGAUGGGUUCCCUACAACUGCAUCUACGACUAGACCUGCUAGUGCCACGCUUAGCGACGGUCAGCCCACCAACGAUGAGGUUUUGCGUCUGAAGCAAGAGCUUGCGCAGGCUCAGACCAAGAUCUCACGACUGGAUCAAGAGCUGGCUCAGACUCGCUAUGUCACCCAGGACGGUGUAUGCGCGACGCCAGGCCUGAGUGUUGAUCCCGACUUUCAGGCUGCCAGUGUUGCGACGGUAUCUCCCUCGGGCUCGCGACCCUCCAUGAACGGAGCGUUUGGACAUCAUGCCAAAAUGCCAUUCGGCCGUGACAACAACUGGGCGGCUCACGACAAUGCGCGCCCCGAUACUGGCGAUACUUUGUCAGACAUGUCGGCUGCAGGCCUCAAUCGUUCUCGCGCAAUUUGGAACAACAGCAAAUCUUCCUAUUCUCCGGCUUUUGCGCCUGGACCUAUUGCUGUUGUCGACGGUCCCCAGGCCACACCGUGGCAGAACAUGCGUGGCUCGAACCAGGCUUACGAGCCUUCUUAUAUGCCUUCGGCAAUGGAGACCUACCGGCCUGAGCGUAUCAACAAUGAUCACGACAUGAGCCGCCCCAUGGGACGUCGAGGCAACAGAUACGAUAACCGCUUCGGCUCCUCCAGUGCCUACGGUGGUUACAGCGCGUACAACAUGGGGCCUGGCCACUACGAAGCUCCUGCUCCUGCUUAUCCAGGAGGCCCGCCCAACACCAUGACGGGGGGCGUAGGCAUGAACAUGUAUUCGGCCUACCAGCAGCCGCCGGUUGUAUCUCCACUCUCUCCGCAUGCCACUGAAUUCACUGCUGCGGGAGCACCUUGGAAGACAGAGGUGAGUCCACUCGGGAUGGAUUCCAUCACUGAUUGGACUGACAAACUCUCCUUGCAGACUGUGACUUCCGAAGGACAAACGUAUUUGCCGGCUACGGAGCCUCUCAACUAUCGGCGGCUGUUGGACCGUAACGUCACUUGCGAUUGGAAGUAUAUCGUCGACAAGAUUGUCUGCAACAAUGACCAACAGGCUUCUAUCUUCCUUCAGCAGAAGCUCAAGGUUGGAACCCCCGAGCAAAAGUACGACAUUGUUGAAGCCAUUGUCGCGCAAGCCUAUCCAUUGAUGGUCAAUCGGUUCGGCAACUUUCUCGUUCAGCGCUGCUUUGAACAUGGCACUCCCGAGCAAGUCAUCAAGAUUGCUGAGGCCAUCCGCGGCAAUACUCUCAACCUUUCUAUGGACCCUUUUGGUUGCCACGUCGUUCAGAAGGCAUUCGACUCUGUCCCUGAAGAUUACAAGGCUAUCAUGGUCCACGAGCUUCUGCGCAGGAUUCCGGAGACGGUUAUUCACCGUUACGCAUGCCACGUGUGGCAGAAGCUGUUCGAGCUGAGAUGGACCGAAUCUCCUCCGCAGAUCAUGAAGUACGUCAACGAUGCUCUUCAUGGUAUGUGGCACGAAGUUGCAUUGGGCGAGACUGGUAGUCUUGUUGUCCAGAACAUCUUUGAGAACUGUUUAGAAGAAGACAAGCGUCCCUGCAUUGAGGAAGUCCUUGCCAACAUUGACAUCGUCGCCCAUGGCCAAUUUGGAAACUGGUGCAUACAGCAUAUCUGUGAGCAUGGUGCUCCCGCAGACCGCAGCCGUGCUAUCGAUCAUGUUAUUCGCUAUGCAGCUAAGUACAGCAUGGACCAGUUCGCCUCAAAGGUUGUUGAGAAGUGCCUCAAGAUUGGAGGCCCCGAAUUCUUGGGUCGCUAUCUGGAUCGCGUCUGCGAGGGCAGACAUGACCGUCCACGUAUCCCCUUGAUCGAUAUCGCCAGCGACCAGUAUGGCAACUACCUCAUCCAGUACAUCCUGACCCAUGCCAACCCUCAGCACCGCGAGAUCGUUGCGGCUCAUAUCCGGAAGCACAUGGUCUCCCUUCGCGGAUCGAAGUUCGGCUCCCGCGUCGGCAUGCUAUGCACCAACCAUGCUGUUGCUACUCGUCCUGGCCCCGGUGCUGGCCCUGCCAUGGGAGGCCGCAUCGCCCCUGGCCCUCGCUUCAAUGGAGCUUACCACCGUUGAAGGUAGGCCACACCGCGGUUAACCUCUCACCCAUGAGCAUCAAAGCUCGACCCCUUUUCUUCAAGCACACACCACCUGUUGUUCCAACAUUGUUUGAGUAUAAAGCACGUCCUUCGUUCAAACAUGCGCUGGAUUUUCGCAAUCGGUUCUCAGUUGGAAGUUUACCUAUACCAUAUGAGAUUCCGUUUUCACAACAUCUUCGUCAGCAGCUAAUUUAACAAAUCACCCGACAUCCUACGCUCGGGAGGCUACUGCCCCUUCGAGCGCUUUGGAAACAACAUCACUAUGGAUUUUGCAAUAUCAAGACGACCCGGUACGCGGCUCAUAAUGGAGGAAGUAUGAAUCUGUCUUGUCCCGAUCUAGUGAUGACGAGCAGUCACACAACCUUUUCUAGUUGUUCGUCUCUCUAACGGACCUUUUUUCCCCUAAUGUGGGGACUUCAUCUUUUGGCGGCUAGC